AUUUAUAUUAAGUUAUUUUUACAAAGUGGAAUUUCCAGUUUUGUAUAUGAGUCAUUUGUAAACAUCCAUGUUAAGGCAACAGUUGUGAAGACAGUUAUUGAUCUUAUUGGAAAUAAUAAUUUAAAAGUUACACUGUCAAAUGUCAUUACUGUAGUUACCGUUGCCAAGACAGGAGCCAAUUCAUGUACAAUUUAAAGGGAAUAAAGCAAUAGCUGAUCUGCCAUAAUGUACAACCGAACAUGUGAUAAAUUUGCCUUACCAGAAGAACCUCGUGUAUUCCGCACAGACACUUUCUACAGGGACGAUGAAGGACAAGUUUAGCCUCUGUGUUUCUCUUCUAGUCUCCAAUGCACUCACACGAACUAAUCUGCUGAAAAACGAUUUGUUGUCAUGAUUUAAGAUCAACAGCGAAUGAAUCAAGAAUACAGCUCGACACGCGUCAUGAUGUGGUUGUUUUUAAAAGUCUAAUAUCGCGGUGUACAGCAGGAGAAAAGAACCUUGUAAAAACGGUGUAUACUAGAUGCUGCAAUUUGAUUAAAUUUUGGUGUCUAAAAUGUGAUGUUAAAGAAGAAAAAUAUCGGGAAAAGGCAUAAGAUUGAAACCAUGAAAAUGUUGACAGUAAACUGUUUGUAGACAGCUCUUUGAUCACAGCUCAUGUCCUCAAACUUCGGCUAGAAGCAGUUCAAACUGAAAUUCAUGUUACACUUAUCAUUACCAUUUUGGCGGUUAAAGAACGAAACAAGAAGAUUGACUGACUAAGGAACAGGAUCAGAGGAAGUAUUUCGCGACUGUAUAUUUCAGAGACCAGGGCAGUGCUAAUAUGCAAGUAAACAGUGAUCGUCUGGACGUUUUAUAAGAAAAAAAAACAUACAAUGGAGGCCUUGUUGAAUGAAGAUGGAAGAUACCUUUAGGAAAUCAGCUAGACAAAAGGCCAGGUAAAUGGUGACAUAGUGAAGUAGUUGAGAGAUGAGUUUGAGAGGUUCCCUUAGUUACUUGUGGGAUACAACCAAGCCACUUGGCCAGGGAGCCACCAGCAUGGUGUACAAGGGCAGGAAUAAGAGCACCGGUGAAGAGGUUGCAGUCAAAGUGUUCAGCCAGGCUGGACAUAUGCGGCCACAUGAUGUCCAAAUGAGAGAGUUUGAAGUGAUGACCAAACUGAAACACAAAAAUAUUGUACCCAUGCUGGCUAUUGAAGACGAGCAAUCAACAAGAAAUAAAGUAAUUGUAAUGCAGCUUACAGAACAUGGCUCCCUGUUUAAUAUGUUAGAAGACCCCAAACAUGCUUAUGGACUCCCUGAGGAAGAGUUUCUUAUAGUAUUUGAACAUGUCACUGCUGGAAUGAAGUACAUGAGAGACAGUGGUAUAGUGCACCGGGAUAUCAAACCCGGCAACAUUCUACGAUACAUCGGUGAGGACGGAAGAUCCAUUUACAAACUGACAGAUUUUGGAGCUGCUAAGCAGUUGGAUCACGAGGAGGAACAGUUUAUGUCUCUGUAUGGAACAGAGGAGUACUUGCAUCCUGACAUGUAUGAGAGAGCUGUCUUACGAACUCCUGAUCGUCGUCAGUUUACAUCGAAAGUAGAUUUAUGGAGUGUGGGUGUAACGUUCUUCCAUGUAGCGACGGGCCAGUUACCAUUCAAACCAUAUGGAGGCAGAAGGAACCGACAAAAAAUGUUUGAAAUUACACGCCACAAAGAAAGUGGAGUUAUAAUGGGAGUCCAGCAUACUGAAGGAGGCAAUAUAGAAUGGAGUAAAGAACUACCAAAAACUUGCAGGCUUUCUGAUGGAUUAAAGCUUCUCAUCACACCAAUAUUUGCUCGUCUUCUGGAAUCUGAUCCUGCUAAAGUGUGGAACUUUGACGCUUGUUUUAGAGAAAUUGACUCUAUAAUAAAAAAGAAAGUGAUAAAUGUAUUCAGUCCACACACUUGGAAUAGUCUCAAAAUAUAUAUCAAAAGUGAAAACAAUCUCACAACUCUGCAAGAGUUAAUAGCAGAGCAGACAGAAAUUGAUGCACCCAGUCAACUACUAAUAUUUGAUGGCCAGCAGUUAAAAGAUCAUGUUCAGGCAAUGUUACCGAUAUCAAGUUACCCAAAAGGAAUCAUGGAGACAAACCCAAUAUUUGUCUACAAUAAGAACAUGGACGAUUUUGUGAGAUUCCCUGUACCAAACAUAAGAGAUUUUCCACGUUUCACUUCAAGUUUGACAGCAGAUGACUACGCUAUAGCCAAAAUGUGUUCAGCAAUCUCAUGUUACAUUCUCAAGGAAGUGGAAUUAUACUGUAUAAAACAAGAACUCGUCAGACGUGCAGUCCAUAUGUAUAUACACGAACUGUACCACGAACUUGGACAUUUAGUGGAUUAUCAUACUUUCUUAGAGAGAAAUUGUGACAGUAUUAUGAAAUGGAAAGACAAUUUUCUCCGAACAUUCAAAAGAGAAUUAACAAUGAUGGGAGCGCUUGUAAAAAAUUCUGACACUCAGUUGAACAAUGUUGUUUCUGACCUUCAAAGGUUUCAUGAGCACAGUGAAAUGGGUAUCGGAGAAUUAUCAUCACAGAUAAAUGCUCUAAGAAAUGAAGUUGUGUCACAUUUAAUGGACCUCAAGGACCAGGAAUUACAAAAGAAGAUGCUAAAGAAACAAUGGAAUGACAGUGUAGGCUGUCUAACAGAUGAUAGAUGUGUUGCGAAAGUUCAAGUAGUAUUGGAACAGAUAUUAAAAACAAAAGCACAGUUUUCAGAAGACAGGAAACGUCCAAGCCUCACAUUUAAUGAAGAACAAAUUCAUAAAUAUGAAAAGAACAGAUUAAGUGAGAAUUGUACAAAAAUCAAGUCAUUAUUCUUUGAUCACUGUCUCAGUGGGGCUAAAGACCAAUUUACCCGCUAUCAUUCCUGGUUCAGAAUGGGUUGGGAUGUGAGAAGAAAAUGUGAAAUAUUAGAGAAGAAAUUACUUAAUCUUGCAGACCGAUCUGAAGGUUUUGUUGAUAAACAAAAUGCGCUUUGCCUGCAAUACAACGAUGAGGUAGGGCUAAAAGUUCAGAAAGUACAAGAGACAAUGAGAGAUCGUGAGUUUAUCUCACUGACACCAAGUAUGGCAAAGCAGAGUGCUACUGGCAGUAUGACGGAGAGCAUGUCUAGUAGUACUCCGCGAGAAGAAAAUAAGAGAAGGCGACAAAGCCUUAUAUAUUCUAUGCUGGCUGGUUUGGAGGGAUAUAAGACUACAGUUAAUGAGAUGAAAGAGGAACUGCAGACAAACAAUGUUUUGUUAGAAAGUUUCAACAAGGAGUUCAGCAGCGUAAUGGUAGACCCUAACCUGUCUUUAAAUGGCCAAGGCCCGGUGACAAAAAAGGAUUUUUAAAAGCCCCGCAGAGAGUUGGAUAUAAAAUGUAUGUAUACUCUACGGGGUUGUUUAAUAGAAGAACAUGCUUUUCAUUGUACACAGAAAUAUGUUUAUAUGCCAUAACGUGUCAGGAUUUUUUUAAUGCACACCACCUGUUUGCUCAUCGGGCCAUAUCUAGCUAUUCUGUAUUUCACUGCCUUAGUUGUCUUAAUUCUUUUGACUUGGUUAACAUGUAUUACAUAUGUUUUGAUGUAUAUAAUGAUAUAUGCUUUUUUAAGAAAAUAAUGUUGCGGUGUUAUUACAAAAUAUAUAUACACAAGUUGUGUUUUUCUCUGAAAUGUGUACUGAAUGUGUUUUUGAAUGCCUUUUUAUGUGAUAAUUUAAAUUCAUUGCUUAUUAUUUUGAGUCUGUUGUCCAAGUCAGAUUGCAGAAAUUGCUUUUGUAUUUGUUCUGUAUGUCAGAGGUUCGUUUCUUUAAAAUAUUACCAGAACUGUUAUUUUAAUUCUGAUGUUAUAACAUUGUGUUCGGAACAUUUUGAAAAUUAUGUUGCAGCAACAUUUUCUGCAAAUUUUGCCCAUGAUGAUCUGAUAAAUUUAUCUUCUAAAGAUGUGAUACGUUAUAAACGCAGCUACUAUACUUGUGAUUCUUGUUGUUUUUCUGUAAAUAGCACACAAUAUGAUCACCAAGUUAUUUUUGUGUAUUCGUUUGUAAAUUAUGUAUAUUUAACUUUACACACUAUAAAAUUUAUGUUUUAUAAUAUGUGUAAUUAUUUACAUUUAAUGUUUCACUGGCUAAACUUAUAAUGUUAUUUUAUCCGUAUGUUGUUUUAUUGAUAAUAUUAUGAGAAAGAAAAAACAUAAUCUUGAAAAAGAAAAAACAUUUUUGCAAUAUUGUUAACGGUUUAAUACACAGACAGUGUUUAACUGAAAAGCAAAUGUGCAAUAUCAUUGUAUAAACCAUCCUAAUUCCAUAAUGUAAUCCCCAUAUAGCUCACAUAUUUAACCAGUUAAUUUAUUAUCAGGUAUUAUUCAAGCAUCAUAGUAGUGCAGAUCAUAUAUUACUUUCAAUUUUGUUACUAGCAAGCCUUUCAAUAUUUUUACUGGAGAAAAAGUAUUUGUGAUAAGUUGCAUGUUACGGGUUUCAAAGUGCCUUAAAUACAAUGUAAUACCAUUUUUAUACUUGUAUGAAGAAAUUUUGAUGAUGUAAAGUAGUCCAUAUUGCUUUCUUAUUUAAACUGUAACAUGUUGGUAUAUAGUAAUCAGACCAACCAUGUAAUCCGUCCCCUUGGUUUAUGAUAGAUAACUGAAGAAUGCUUCAGCAAAAGAUUCUCCUGUUUGGUAGGCAGAUUGGUUGUGACUGGCAGAUUACCCCUCUCCAUUUUGGGGUUGCUUGUUCAAAAGGCAAGGCUGCAGUGAUCUUGGGCUGGAGGAUGAUUUCAGAACAAUAACUGAAGAACUCUUCGUCUCGGAAACCUCAAACCCUGACCACUUAGCUCAAUAGGGAGAGUGCAGAUCUAUGGAUUGCAGGGUCAUGAGUUCAAUCACUAGGUGAGGCGGUAUGUUCUUCGUGACAAUUUGAUAAAAGACAUUUGUCUGAAAUCAUUUGUCUUCCUCCUCUGAUUAAUGUGGGGAAGUUGGCAGCAAGUUUGUACUGGUACAGAAUCAAGGAACACUGGUUAGGUUAACUGCCUGCCAUUACAUAACUGAAAUUAAACCCAAAACAAACCAACAAAAAUAGUAGGCAGGUUGGACCAAAACAGAUGACUCAUAUCAGCAUCAAGAUCAGAGGUCAAAGUCACAUUUACCUUGAGCUGAAAACCUGUUUUACGUGUAAGAGCGAAGUCUUUCAGCUCUGAACAUUAGAUUUUAAAUUUUUACUCGUGGCUGCGACACCAGUGAAAAUAUUGCAUCUGAUAUUCACCAGAUGAAAGAAAGUAAACAAACAAAAUGUUAAAUUUUUGUGUGAUAAUUUAGGUUAACUUACUGUACUAGGGAAAGAGGCCCAUUACUUUUAUGCAAGGACUAUUCAGUCUAAUUCAGACUGUGUAUAUUUUAUUACUUUUCAUAUAUGAUUUGUUUAUUUCCACUUUGCUAUGAAUAUUCAGAUUUAUUAUUAUAACAAAAGAGAAUAAUUAUUCUUGAAACAUGAGCUCAUAUCUGUGAUAACCAGCCCUGUUUGUUCAUUAUAUCAAGUAUUUUAGACUACCUACAAUUUUACUAAAAUUUUAUGGCAUAGAGAUCUUCUUUCAUGUUUAUAUCAUGCAGUGAAUUUGUAGUCUAUUCAAUAUUAAAACUAAUUUCUGCUCAUCUGUCUAACAAAUCUUAUGCUCAAAGUGAAUACAUAGCCUAUGCAAAUGGAGUAAACUUGAGCUGGAAAGCUUUCAGCAAAGUUUCAGCUUAAACAGUAUUAUAACAUGGCUUCCACAAAGUUUAAAGGUUUUAUUUUUUAACUCGACUUUGCUAAGAAAAAGUAGAGCCAUUGCACUCGCCCAAAAUAGUUAUUUGCUAUCAAAGUCUACACCAGAAGAAACAAUCCCCAUAACUCUUGAUUGAAUUUUGACAGAGUUAUGCCCCUUUUUAACUUAGAAUUUUUUGGUUAAAGAUUUUGAUAAAGUCAAAUAUCUCUGUUACUAUCAAAGCUUUUGACUUGAAACUUUAAAUAGUUAUUUACUGUCAAAAUCUACAGCAGGAGAAAUAAUCCCCAUAAUUCUGAUUUGAAUUUUGACAGAGUUAUGCCCCAUUUUAAUAUAGAAUAUUUUGGUUAAAGUUUUAUAAAGUUUUUACUGGCAAAAGCUCUAAUUCAGUCAAGCACUGAGAAGAGUCGAGCAUGCUGUCUUACGGACAGAUCUUUUUGUUGAAUGUUCUAACUUGUGAACAGGUUACUGUAGAUUUGGAAAUAUUCACAAUGGCUUUAUUUUUGCAGUUAUUCCCAAAAUUGAACACAAAAAUUAAAAACUGGCAUGAAUAUAAAGAGACAUUAUUCCAGAACAAAAUGCUAAUUCUUACCAACACAGAUAUGUCUGUACCCAAUCAACAGUAUUUAAGAAUGUUGCAAAAACUUCUAAUAGACAUGAACAAGAAGACAUUCUGUAAUGGGAUUAGGAAAUAGCAGAAUCCCAGAGCAGUUAUGUUCUAGGUACAAGUGUAGUUUAUUACAUUUAGGUUAUCAUAAAUAAAAACUUUUGAAAAAUAAGAAAAUGCAAGAAAAAAAUGUCUGAGAAACUUAAGAUUUUUUGGGAGCCUUUGUGAUUUGUUGAAUGGUAUGUACCGGUAUACAUGUAUUUAAAGGUGGUGUGCAUUUAUUGAAUACAUCCUGACAGGUAAUGGCGAAACAUUUUCUAUCCAACUCUUUACACAUCAAGUAUUAUACAGCAAUCAGACGUUGCUAUUUGAUGGGGCUCAUCAUCAACACUUGGCAUUGGUAACACAGAGACAACUAUCAAAGCUACAAACUUUGGAUUCUGUUCACAUUUGUGAAAAUAUGCUAAAUACAUUGUGAAGAACUUGUCCUUAAAGAUUCAGAAUGAGUGUGAAUAUAGGUAGAUAUGAGGUAGUGAUGCAACAGGGAAUUAUUUGCUGUAGCAAGGAAUUUAAGGAUGAUCAACAAUACAACUGACAAAAAAGCUUGUGAUUUAUGGAUUGGAACAGCAAUGACUGAGGAUGUGAUGUUGUAAAUAUGAAUGAUUAUAUAAACACUUAAGAGUGAAUAAUCAUAGUGAAAUACUCCAAGAAGCAGUUAUGGUGAAUAAUCAUAAAGUGCUGUUUUGGUGAAAUAUUCACAAAUUUAGAUAUGGUGAAAUAUUCGCACAGUCAUGUAGAUAUGGUGAAUAAACAUAAGAUGUAUUAUGGUGAAAUAUUCGCAAAUCUAGAUAUGGUGAAUAAUCAUAGGAUACUAUUACUGGUACGGUGAAAUAUUCGCCAAUGUAGAUAUGGUGAAUAAUCAUAAGAUACUAUUAUUGUGAAAUAUUAGCAAAUCUAGAUAUGGUGAAUAAUCAUAAGAUGCUAUUAUUGUGAAAUAUUCAGAAAUGUUGAAAUGUGAAUUAUCAUAAAACUCUAAAAUGGUGAGUUAUGAGAUACAGUUACAGUGAAUAAUCAUAAAUAAAUGCGAUUAUGAUGAGUGAAUAGGUUAAGGAAUCAGUGAUUGUAAAGAGAAUUGCCGUACUAGUGAAUAUGAAUUUGAAAAUAUUUAAAAAUGGAUGCUGGAGUUAGCAUGAAGUUCACAAGUUUUGAUUUUAUUUCUUUCAAUUAUACAUGGCUGUGAAACUUUAUUAUUUUGAACACUGAAAAGAGUUUUAGUACAUUAUAUGAAAUUUUACAUUAAAGUAGUUGACAGCAA